UUUAUUCGGCAAUUGUUCGAUCAGUUUUGGUGGUUGGAUGUGGCUGUCUUCUUCACGUUAACAAUCUGCUUAAGCUGAGCGAGGAAUCACGGAAACGCUUUCAACCGAUAGAUAUACGUUCGGUAUCAAAUCGUCAGGCGGAUAUCCUGCAGGUGGAUUUGUUGUUGCCGCAGAGCACAUCGCUGCAGAGAAACACUGUUUCCGGAAAACUUCGAAACACGGUGCUGCUGUCACCAAAGAUGCUAGAACUUCAAACUAAUUACCCGGAAGAAGCUCUCUUAAAACUUUAGACGCGCAACGUCCGUUGGAAAGGGUGAAAAUGUCGAUAACAGGGAGCCUGAUGGGCUACGAAAAUAACAACGAAGUGAACCAAGCCAAGUGUAAAAAACCAGGACUUAAACCACUUCCAGUGGUUUCCAGCAUAAAUUCCAGCGGCGUUACGACCACGAGUAAAUCCAGGAGGAAUCGAAACACACCGAAAAAUGAAUGCUGCACACGCGGGCACGUCAACAGCCUUUGGUCCGUCUGGUACGGUAUUGGAGCUGUUGCCAUUCAAGCCUACAUUGCGACGAGAUGUGCGAAAAGGAUUAUUGCCUACCUUUCCCUUCCGUGGCCGCCGGUGGCGCCUCCUCCGAAGCUGGAACUCCACGCUUGCCUGAUCCUAGCUGGAACCGGGGUUCUUCUGCUCCCGAUUCUCCUCGCCGCGGCUUUUUUCAAGCUUGGAAAUCUUGCCAACGACGGGAUAAAGCUUGGCCGUCAUUUAAGCGCCUGUACCAGAGACCCACCCUCGUCGCUCAUCAAUAAUAAUCAGGAUCACGGCCUUGCUACUAAUCUCUGGAGACACGGAGGACCAACGGCAGCGUUCAUCCACCUCUGCACAGCGAUGUGUUUCCUGCUUCCAUCCCUUCUUAUGGAAGCCAGACUGAUCCACGCCGGGUUUCUCCCGAAAGAAGCCAUUUGGCGCACUGAUCUGGACUGGGUAGUGGUUCACGAAGACCGACGGGUGGUCCUGAGCUUCAUGAAUCCUCCCGGCAACCUGAGCACACUUUCGGGCUUCAUAACUCCCCAGCCGUACGUGACGUCAACGUUCCUCAACGAGGAAAAGGAGAGCAUCGUCGCCGCGACAACGGAGAUACCGAACACCGAUGAAGCCGUCGUCACUAAUUCCGAAAAGGGCUCUACCAUAAAUCUGCUCGACGUUCGUCGCACGUUUACCGAAUCUAACGACUUUUCACUUGUAUUGAAUAAAACCACCGCGUCGUACUUCAACUACUCAACGUCGACGAGUAUCGCUACGACCAGCUCGAUCACUUCAACCACAAUCGGCACUCACAAUCAACCAACGACGGCAAGGACCACCAAUCAAACAACGGUGACCACGGCUCCAACACUCGUGACAAAAUUAACAACGAAGCCAAGCAUUCCUCCAAAGCGAACCACCGUGAAACCCGCGAUGAAAAACGGCAAUGCCAAACUGAAAACGAAGCAGAAGGUCACCGCCAAAGCAGCUACCACCAAACCCACGAAACCAACCAAGGGUAACAUGACUGCGGAAAGUCUGACAUUGACUAUGAACAGUCUUUCUGAUCUGGACCAUUUGGAAAACGUGAAUCUCGAAUUCAAUUCUGAUGAAUCCCACGGUCCGAUCACAUUAGAGUACUUAAACUACGCGAUGGCUCUCGCAGUGUAUUCUGUCAGAUAUCCCGCCGUCUUUUGGUCUUGCAACAAGGCUCUUGGAAUGAUAUUCAGCCUUCAGCUGCUCGCCAACUCUGCCCAGAGUUUGCUGGCCUACGCGGGAAUGUCGGUGCUUUACAAGGUGCAGGUCAUGGGGGCUUUGAAGGUACUGCCGAUGCUGGGGCAUCGCACCAUCCUGCCGACGAGCACGAUUUCAACGUUUCUCGGAGAUUCCUACUUCCUGCUGAACCCUCACGUGACCUUGGCUCUCUUCGCGCUGUCGUCCCUCCUCGUACUCUGUUCCAGCAUGGUGAUGUACCUCUAUGCUCACGGCAGGUUUACAGCGUUUUUAAACCAGGAACGUGAACGCCGUGUAAUACUACUGAAGGAGGGUCGCAGCGGUAACGGAUGGGGCUAUUUCACGCACUGUGUAGCGCUCUGCGUCUUCCUGGCGAUAGCUAUUUGCAGUGCACCCCUAUUGUACGACUACACAGUAGUCUAUCGCGGAAGUCUCGAUGGCGCGGUACUUGCCUGCAUCGCAGGCACUGUGCUCCACCUAUUCCUAUGGCUGGUCCUCUGGGUAUUCCUCACAAUAAAACAAAAGUGGGUUUUCAAACUCAGAGUAACCAUUGGCAGGGCCACGGUUCGAUCUGCACGCUCCGUUAAACUCGUCACAGACGUCGACCUCCUCUCUGCCAGGGACGAAGAGGAGGGAACGAACGCACCUCUUUUGGUCGUCGGUAACGGGAGAACUUACACCAUCGCCGACACUUCGCCGAAGAAGGCGAUCAUGAGUGUCAUUCAGAAGGCUGCGAUGGAGCGCAAGGCACGCGCCCAAGGAGGUAACUCUGGCUCCGUCGACGGCGAGUCAAACGCUGACGGUGACGAGCAGAUAUACUGGUUGAGACCAAAGCUUCGGCCGUCUCCAGCCCAAACCCCAACCGAUGCAGACUCAGGUGCUCAGAUCGGGGAUAAGGGGUGGCUGAACAAAAAGUUGAAGCCAAAAGUCACCUUCAACGACCUGCCCAGUACGUCCGGCGCGCGUAAUAAGGGAAAAACCAGACGAGGUGUCGGUGACGGUGGACCGGAUGAUGACGGGGACUACGCUACGCUACGCGAACUCCCACUGAUGUCUGCUCACGAUCCAGCGGACGAUUCCAACUCCGAAGAGAACAAGUGGGGAAGAUGGCUGUUACCUCAUAGCUGGAGCAAUGCGCCUAGAAUGGUGGAUCUGCUGGAGUGCGUGAACGACGAUCAUGUGACAUAUUAUGCGAGCGGUAACCGCGACCUGCAGCCCUCGGAAGGAGAUCCAUCACCCCUCUUGACUCCUGAACCUCUUCCUGACCCACCGCCGCUUCCAAUUCCUUUGCAGCCUUCAUCGCCGAAUUCCACUAACAUACCACCUCCAUCGGAGGUCGUCACUGCGCCAUUGAACAGUAACCCGCAGAUGAACGGUGGCCAAACUCCGAGAUGUCUCCGUCGGGCAGACUCCGGGAUGCCCCACGAGGAGUUGACCCCAAGAUCAGAUUUUUCAAACUCACCACCGCUGGACGGUGCGACGGUCCACAGCAACACGAGCAGCCAGAGCGAGACGUCGAGCGGCGUCCACUCGAACGCGAGCAACGCGAGCAACGCGAGCAACGCGAGUAACGCGAGCAACGGAAGCCAGACGAGCUCGCAACGGCGAGCAACGAGCGUCGACGACUUGACGGGUGAGCCAAGAGAGGAGCCUCAAUGGCGCAGCUGCUCCCUGCAGCGGGGUGUGCAACCCCCAACGGUGAAGACGGCGUUUUCACCGCCGAAUUCGCGGCCGGGUACGAGCCAGUCGUUUUCGCCUCAAUACGUGAACCACACGCCGUUGAUAAACGGCAGCGAAAUGGUGGUGGCCGGAUGUCCGGCCGUGAUCUUGGAGAAUCCGAACGAGGCGACGGUCGUGAUACGGCGGAAACUGUCCAGGCCGAAGCUGAGCGAGCCCCUGAACCCCAACGAAGAGCCGUUCGGCAGGUCGACGAAUAUGCGGAUGACCUCCUUCACCGAGAACAGCGACCUCCGCUCCAUGCAGGCCUCGUCGGCCACCCUCCCCCACUAUCCGACCCAACCCGUCGUGAGCUACCCUCAUUGUUCGACGAUGCCGCUGCCCCACGCCUCCCACAACCUCGCCGGGACCAACAACAACAACAGUGGCAGCAGCAGCAACAAUAACAACAACAAUAUGGCGUCGGUCGGAAGUUGCGGCUCGGUGCCUCGGCACACGACACUUCCGGCGCACUCGGCCAUCCCCGCUCACACCACCCUGCCCUCCCAUCACAAUGGCGUCAGGCUCUUUCACGGGGGGCCGAACCCCUUCGUCAAGAGGUUUCCACCGGUCCAGGUGCACUCCCAACCCUGGGCACUGCCGGGAGGCCAUCACACCUUCCCUCAGCCGCAGAUCGGCAAGCUUUCGGCACCUGCACAGAUUAGACAGAGCGAUCGUGAUUCUGCAAACUUCUCGAUGGCCAGCAGCGGGGACUCAGAUACUUGCCUACCGCAUUAGGCUGCGUGCGAAAAGAGGAAAGAAAUAUAGGUUCAAAUAGUUACUGCUACACUGAAGAGUGUCCAAGUGUUAACAAAUAAUUAAUUCUUCUAUAGGACAUUGGAUCUCAAACACUAUUUUUCACCGUUUCUCAAACUGUUGGAUGGAAAUUUGCAGUAUGCGUAUAACGUGGCAUGCGGUUGAUGAUGAUGAAUCACGAAAAUAAACGUUUGUGAAAACUUUGUCGAAGUACAGAUCUUACUUAUCUGUUGUCGAAACGUUUAUGUUUCAAAGAUUUCAUAUAUUAACCACUAGUUAUGUACUGAUUCGAUGGAGGGUAAACCUCGGUCAUCAACAAAAAUUAAACGCCGUUCUAGGAACACAAAAUCAUAUAUACAUAUACAUAUAAUAUACAUUAUAUAAAUAUAAAU